CUCAGCCUAUAAAUAUACGUGCACAGAGUUUCUCGUCUCAAUUAUAUUUUUUACUCAAAUACUCACAAAAGAAAAAAAAAUCCAUUCAGAAAAGAAAAAAAACUAGAAAGAUGGGAUCACAAGACAGUUUUAGUGGAUGCGAGCAACCCGUGGCACAUAAGCGUUGUGCAAAAGGAUGUGGGUUUUUUGGGACAGCAGCGAAUUUAGAUAUGUGCAGCAAGUGUUACAGAGAUCAUCUUAAAGAAGAAGAACAAUCUCUUUUAGCCAAAGCCGAUUUUGAGAAGUCUGCAAACCCUAAGAAAGCUUUGACAACCUCUCCAAAGGAAUCAGAGGCGAACUACCCUACCGAUGAUUCUAAUGUUGCUGCGAAGGAGACUACUACAGCUUUGUCGAGUUCUGCAUCAUCAUCAGCAACAUCUGGAGGCGAAAGUGGUGCAGUAGUGAAGAAUAGGUGUUUGAGUUGUAACAAGAAAGUGGGGUUGACCGGGAUCAAGUGCAAGUGCGGAUCAGUUUUCUGCUCUAUGCAUCGCUACCCUGAGAAGCAUUCUUGUGACUUCGACUACAAGGCCGCUGGAAAAGAAACAAUCGCAAAACUGAAUCCACAGGUCAAGGCAGACAAGAUUGAAAGAUUUUAAUUGCAUAGAUUUAUUUUCCAAUUUGAAUGUAAUUUUUUUUGUUUUCUUGAAACAUGAAAGAUUACAUGUAAUUAAACUAGCAUCUUUCCCGAUAAUUAUGGAAUUCGUAUAUACUUAUUAUGCAGCAUAACUAAGAGUUGAAGCAAGAAAGGUUACACGUAAAUAAGAUAUAUAUGCUCUCUUAUAGCUUCCAAAAUGUACGCAGCUUCGUAGUGACAAUAUGUACGUGCAUGAAUAUCCAUGUACCGUUCUUUUCACUACAUUCGUAUACUUUUUGAAUAUA